AUGAUCCAGAUCACCCCGCUGCCUCUACCACGUCUCCCGGCUCUCGCACGCACAGCGCGGCCACUCCCACCUCUGUGGAGCGCUGGAUCCAGCGCCGCUGAAUCCAGAGAGCUGCUGCUACUUCCAGCCCCACGUUCACCCCUUGCCACCCCCUUCCCCGUUGGGCAAAGUGUCGAAAUGAUUGCUUUUUUUGUGCUUCAUGAACACUUUCGCUUUGACGGCAGCACCAUUGCGCUGCUUUCAGACUGCAGUAUCACUGAAGAAGGUUAUAAAGCUCUGGCUUCAGCUCUGAGAUCAAACCCUUCACACCUGAUAGAGCUGGAUCUCACAGGAAAUGAUCCCGGACAAUCAGGAGUGAAGGAGCUCAAUGAUUUACUACAGGAUGGACUCUGUUCAUUAAAGACCAUCAGGUUUUUGAAAAGUCCUGCUGCAGAGGAAGCAUGUGAGUAUCUCACUGGAGUUCUGGGUAAAAGUCCAUUACUACUGAAAGAACUGGACCUGAGUGGAGAUAAAUUAGGUGAUCUGGAUGGGGAGAAACUCUCUGCUCUUUUGAUGGAUCCUCAUAGCAAACUGGAGAAAAUAAUGCUGAAUAAUUGUGAGCUGACAGAGAAAAGCUGUUCAGUUCUAGCUACCGUUCUCUCCUCCAAAACCAUCCUGAAAGAGAUGAACCUGAACAACAGUCACCUGCUGGAUUCAGGAGUCAAAGAGAUCUGUGAGGGACUGAAGAAUCCUGUGUGUGAGCUGAAGAUACUGAACCUGUGUAGAUGCAGAAUUACAAAUGAACAGUGUCUCAUCCUGACUUCAGCUCUGAAAUCAAACCCAUCACACCUGAGAGAACUGAACCUGAGCAGGAAUAAACUAGGAGACUCUGGAGUGAAAAACCUCAGUGAUCUACUGAUGAAUAUACAAUUCAAGCUGGAGAAGCUGGAGUUAAGCUACUGUGAAAUGACAGACCAAGGUUGUUCUGCUGUGACUUCAGCUCUGAAAUCAAACCCAUCACACCUGAGAGAACUGAACCUGAGCUGGAAUAAACUAGGAGACUCUGGAGUGAAAAACCUCAGUGAUCUACUGAUGAACACACAAUUCAAGCUGGAGAAACUAGAUCUGUGUGAUUGCAGUAUUACAGAGAAACAGUGUCUCAUCCUGACUUCAGCUCUGAAAUCAAACCCAUCACACCUGAGAGAACUGAACCUGAGAUGGAAUAAACUAGGAGACUCUGGAGUGAAAAACCUCAGUGAUCUACUGAUGAACACACAAUUCAAGCUGGAGAAACUAGAUCUGUGUUUAUGCAGUAUUACAGAGGAACAGUGUCUCAUCCUGACUUCAGCUCUGAAAUCAAACCCAUCACACCUGAGAGAACUGAACCUGAGUGUGAAUCAAAUAAACACAGGAGUGAAUCACUUAUGUGACAUACUGAAGGAUUCACACUGUAAACUGGAGAGAUUGAGGUUAAGCUACUGUGAAAUGACAGAUGAAGGUUGUUCUGCUGUGACUUCAGCUCUGAAAUCAAACCUGUCACACCUGAGAGAACUAAACCUGAGCUGGAAUAAACUAGGAGACUCUGGAGUGAAAAACCUCAGUGAUCUACUGAUGAACACACAAUGCAAGCUGGAGAAACUAGAUCUGUGUAGAUGCAGAAUUACAGAGAAACAGUGUCUCAUCCUGACUUCAGCUCUGAAAUCAAACCCAUCACACCUGAGAGAACUGGACCUGAGAGGGAAUAAACUAGGAGACUCUGGAGUGAAAAACCUCAGUGAUCUACUGAUGAACACACAAUGCAAGCUGGAGAAACUACAUCUGUGUGAAUGCACUAUUACAGAGAAACAGUGUCUCAUCCUGACUUCAGCUCUGAAAUCAAACCCAUCACACCUGAGAGAAGUGAAUCUGAGCUGGAAUAAACUAGGAGACUCUGGAGUGAAAAACCUCAGUGAUCUACUGAUGAACACACAAUUCAAGCUGGAGAAACUAGAUCUGUUUUACUGCAGUAUUACAGAGGAACAGUGUCUCAUCCUGACUUCAGCUCUGAAAUCAAACCCAUCACACCUGAGAGAACUGGACCUGAGCUGGAAUCCAAUAAAAAACACAGGAGUGAAACACUUAUGUGAUGUACUGAAGGAUUCACACUGUAAACUGGAGAGAUUGAGGUUAAGAUACUGUGAUAUGACAAAUGAAGGUUGUUCUGCUGUGACUUCAGCUCUGAAAUCAAACCCAUCACACCUGAGAGAACUGAACCUCAGUGUGAAUAAACUAGGAGACUCUGGAGUGAAAAACCUCAGUGAUCUACUGAUGAACACACAAUUCAAGCUGGAGAAACUAGAUCUGUGUGAUUGCAGUAUUACAGAGGAACAGUGUCUCAUCCUGACUUCAGCUCUGAAAUCAAACCCAUCACACCUGAGAGCACUGAACCUGAGCAGGAAUAAACUAGGAGACUCUGGAGUGAAAAACCUCAGUGAUCUACUGAUGAACACACAAUUCAAGCUGGAGAAACUAGAUCUGUUUUACUGCAGUAUUACAGAGGAACAGUGUCUCAUCCUGACUUCAGCUCUGAAAUCAAACCCAUCACACCUGAGAGAACUGAACCUGAGUGAGAAUCAAAUAAAAAACACAGGAGUGAAUCACUUAUGUGACGUACUGAAGGAUUCACACUGUAAACCGGAGAGAUUGAGUCUUUCUGACUGUGGAAUUACAGAUGUUUCUUCUUUAACUCAGUGUUUGACA